CUACAGAUUCCCCAUGACCCAGCCUUUUUUAGUCGCUUUCGAACUUAAGGCCCAUGAAUCUAGUUUCGGCGCCUGCUUAUCUCGUCCGUAUCGCAUCCCAGCAUUCCGACGAAGUUGUGACUCACGACAGAGGUGCACAGCGAUGUUAAAUAUCUUUUGUCUGAAGAUUGGCGGGGUCACUAGACUGCAAGUACUAUGGCAUUCUCUGUAAAAAAAAACGUCUUGUCGUGCUGGCCUGUCGGUCUAAAGAUGGCACUGUAUAGGUCCGAUACGAUCCAGGACAAAUCGACAGAGGUCCCUCGAGCAUGUAUUUUCAGAUAUGAUAGGUUUCCUCAUCUCAUCGGCGAUUUGAGCGAUGUCUACCGAUGUACCAUGGUUUCAAAGUCUCAUGGAAAAAUAGAGGUUGCUAUCAAAUCCUUGAGGAUCCUUGAUUCAAGCGAAGAAGCGAUAAGAGUAUUGCGCAAGAGGAUCUAUGGCGAAGUGCGCGUGUGGACAACGUUGCAUCAUAAGAAUGUACUUCGCCUUUUUGGGACGACCUCAGGAUUUGGAUCGCUCCCCGCAUUCGUGACUCCUUGGAUGGAGCGUGGAUCAUUGACGAACUAUCUGUCUAUUGAAUUUUCUAAUCUAAUGGAUGGUGACAAGUUCAUACUCCUUGAACAGAUUACGACAGCCAUCCAGUAUCUUCACGACAGAAAUGUCAUUCAUGGGAACCUCUCUGGGCACAACAUAUUGAUCGAUUCCAAAGGAAACGCUCACGUAACAGACUUCGGACUGUCGGCGAUCCUUGCAGAAUGCGAUAGCUCGUCCUGCGAAACUUACUACCCGGGUUCUAUACGCUGGGCCGCGCCUGAAUUGAUAGAUCUUACAGAUGAAGAAGCUGGAAAGCCGACUACCCGCUCCGACGUUUACUCGCUCGGUUGCGUAAUACUUCAGCUCCCUUAUGAUUGGCUGGCAGACCCUUUUCAUAUCAUGGCUGCCAGACACAAGGGUAUGCAACCCAUGGCAGCAGACAGUUCAGUUGACAGGCGCCACGUACCCCUUCUUCAAGAAUGCUGGUCAAGGUCAUCUGACAGACCAACUGUUGACCACAUUCUCAGUUAUGUUCAAAGUGCAUUGCCACCGUAGUGAUUGCAGGCAGUCAUUCUUGGAUAAUCGCUUCACGCCACAUUCUCUUUUCGUAUAUCCGUAUUUUUAUUUAGGUAGUACUAGUCCCGCACGAGGUCUUUUAUAUAUCGUUACCAUACACACACCAGUAGUCUUCUUGAAAAUAUGUAGCUGCGUAUCUUUUACUUACAUAGAUCCCGACAUCACAAUGGCAACGUAUGCCUUUCCAGUGAUAUCAGCUGCUCUAGU